AUGGCGGACUCCAAUCCUGCUCCCGAUGCUCAAGAGAUCCAGAGGCUCGUACUCGCCGCAGCUGAUGCUGCCAAUGCUCGGUCAGCCGAACAGCAGCCAUUGGCACCUCCAUCAACCGAUAUCACCAUGCAGGACUCAACCGCGCCACCUGCAUCCGAUGCCUCGCCAACCGCCGCUGGUCUGCCUAGCACGACUUCUCUUCACGUCCAACUUCCACCUCACAUCUCAGCAGAUCAGCUCGUGCUGGCAUUGACGACCCUCAGCGAAGCUGAACCAAGCUCCAUCAUCACAGCAGAGCAGCUUCAGUCUCCGGAUGCCGACCUCGUGCUUCGUCUCUACGACAUUGUCAUCAAAGCGUUGGGUUGGAAGCAACAGGUUUCCGUUCUUCAGGAGGCGCAACAGGAAGCACGAUCAUCAUUGACAGCCGCUCAGGAUGCGAAUCGUCAGCUCGAACAACAGCUAGAGGCGGAUAGCGCACAGACCGUCGAAGCUUCGCGUCUCAAGGACAGCUUGCAGACCGAGGUCGUCAACCUCCAGAACCAGAUUGGCUCUCUUCAGACCUCGCUCGACAACGAAAGGCGCGAAGGCGAGGCUGCAAAGGAGAGAAGUGCCGAACUAGCAACGGAGUUGUCCGCCUCGCAGGCACAGACAGCCGCCCUCAUCGCCGAGGUUGAAACCGAACGCAAGGCAAAGGAGCUGGUCCGGAGCGAGAAGGACCGCCUCUCCGCCGAGCUCGUCGGCGUCAGUGCCCAGCUGACGACGCUCAAGAGCUCCACCGAAAGCGGUGUGCGUCAGGCUGCCGAGGUCCGCGGCAGACUCGAUCAGGCCGAGCAGGAGAAGCGCGACAUUCUCUCCAGUCUCCAGCGCGAACGCGAGGAGAGCACUCGCAAGGCCGAAGAGAUCAACACACUCCUCUCACGCAACCGUGAUGCCCGUCAAGAGAUCUCACGUCUCUCCACAGCCGUUCAAGAGUCGCGCAGUCAAGAAAACACGGCUAGGUUCAAGCUGCAAGGGCUGGAGCAAGAGAUCAAGCUGACCAAGAAGGAUGCCGAGUGGGCUCACGAGCAGCUAAACAAGCUCAACGAGGCAUCGGCCACCUUCCGCGCAGCCAAACGCGCUGAGCUCAGCCGUGUUCAGGCAGAGCUGGACACAGCCCGACAAGAAGCUGCUGCAUCCCGCUCCAAGGUCGAGUCGCUGCAGACAGCUUACAACGAGGCCAGCACCAAACUCGGUCACACGUCGGACAAGGUCGCCGACCUCUCUGCCCGUCUGGCAUCCCAGGAAGCCUCUUUCCGCUCCGAGGUUGGCAGCCAAAGUCAACUUGUCAAGCUGCUCGAGAGGCGAGCGGAACACUCGUCGCAACGCAUCGUCGAGCUCGAAGAGCAGUGGGAGGACGUGCUCGCACAGUGUCGCACGCGGGAACAAGAGGCUUGGGCAGAGACACAAAAGGAGGUCGAAUUGCGCCAGGCUUUGCAAGACGAGAAUCGAGAGCUAUCCGAGGCUUUGGACCGCCUCGCAGAGGGUGUUGGCAUCGGACAAGGCCAGCGCGAAAACGGCGAUGCGUUCCUCGACCAGACUCUCGAUAUCAUGAGCGAUGUCGGUGCCGACUUUGAUACUCGCAGUAUCGCCUCAACACCGCGGCGGACAGGGCUUAUGGGUACCGCUGCAUCUUUCAACAAUGGCUUUGGCAUCUCUCCCACCGCCGAGAUCGCCAAUCGCAUCCGCAAGUCUGGCAAGAGCUUCAGCCAGAUUUACAUGGAGCUCGCCAAGACCCAAGAAGAGCUUCGCCGUGAGAGGCUCGAGACCACCCGUCUUGGCUCGGUUCUGGCGCAGGUCAUGGAUGAGCUGCAGGAACGCGCUCCGCAGCUCCAAGCGCAGCGCGAGGAGACGGAGCGUCUCACUGCCGACCUCGGCGAGAUGGUCGCUCAGGUCGCUACCGCAUCGCAGGAGCGAGACACGGCACAGUCCGACGCGAAGCGCCUCAAGCUCGACCUAGAGCGCAUCAGCCGCGAGAAUGGCUUCAUGUCGCAGCAGCUUGCCGACUUCGGCCGCCAGGUGCGCGAGCUCACGAAAGCCAUCAUCCUCCGCGACGAUCCUGACGCUGCUGCACGUCUCGAGGAUGACGGCAGCUUCCUCGCUGAGCUAGAUGCCAUCGGCCCUCUCCCAGAGACGCUUCCUGAAUCCGACACGCAAUCGGUCAUCACCAGCGAGCUCGUCACAUUCCAAUCCCUGACCGAGCUCUGCAGUCAGAACGCUCGACUGCUCCAGGUGACGCGCCAGUUGGGCGCCAAGAUGGAGGAAGAGGAACGCAACUACAAGGCCCGCCUCGCCGACGAAGAGGACGACGCCGUCAACGAAGCGCGCGACCUCAUCGUACGACUCGAGGAUGAAGUUAGACAGGAGCGCUACAAGAUGGAAGAGGUCAGCAAGGAGCGCGACCUGUUCCGCCAGCUGUGCUCCACCGGCGGACGCAGCGCCGAAGCGAAGGCAGGCGAAGAGCACGCCUCCGGCGCCAUUGCGCCCAUCAACUCUGGUCUGCCGCUCGCCGAGUACGAGGCGCUGCGCGCUCGCCACGAACGCUUAAAGACCGAGACGGACAACGAGCUGUCCCGCUACCGCGAAGAAAUCCGAUCCUUGCAAGUGGAGAUCAGCAAAACUACGGUCAGCUCAGCUCGCGAGCAGGCGCUUCGCCAAGCCGCCGAGGACAAGUUCGGCAACCUUCAAAGGACGCACGAGCUCACCAGGACCGACCUGGACGAGCUGUCGAAGCGUACAACCAAGCUUCAGGAGAGUCUUGCCCGCAAAGAGGUCUCUGCACAGAUGUUGGAAGAGCAGCUGAUCCAGUCUCAGUCCAGCUUGGAGCAGCUGCGUACACAAGUCUCAAGCCUGCAGGCCGAGAAGGAGGUCUGGAAAUCGCUCGAAAGCAACCUGCUCGAAGAGAACCGCGGCAUGCAGGUAGAGCGAAACAACUUGCAAGAGCUGGUUCGCACUACACAGAGCAUGCAGUCGGAUCUCGAAGAACGUGGACGUGACGUCAAGUCUCGUCUCGAGCAAGACGUCAAGAGGCUCGACGAGAUCAACGAGGACCUUCGGAGCCGACUCGCCGCUGAGCAGGAUCUCUACCGUCAGCUCAGUCUUCGUCGCGAAAUUGAAACCAAAGACCUUCAGAGUCGUAUCGAUCUCUCCAGCGCCGAGCUCAGCAGCGCUCGCGAGGCGCUCGCCAUCGCACGCACCAGCGCUGAUCACACCCAGCUCCGCGUCGAGGACCUGACUCGCCAGCUCGAGUCCACGCAGGAGAAGCUCGGCAUCUACGAGCGCCGCGAUAAGCUUUCGCGUGAUCCUGUGGCGUUCCGCGCCCAAGCCGAUGUUCAGCUUUCAAGAGAAGAGCAGCUCGAGAUCGAGCUGGCCGACCUCAAAGCCGGUCGAGCGGCGGCACAGCUGGAAGUGCGCAAGAGCAAGCUCGAGGUGGAGCAAGCCACCGCUGCAGUUGCCGAGAAGGACGCUGCACUCUCAGCGUUGUCGCAAGAGCUAGAGCAGCUCAAGACGAGCACGUCCAGCGAGCUCUCUUCCAGGACUGCCGACAUCGAAGGCCUGCAGCAGCAGCUCUCGAGCGCGUCGUCGCAGCUCUCGGCGGUCCAGACGCAGCUGCAGGAACUGCAGCUGCAGCUUCAGACCGAACGCUCGGCAUUCCAAGCCGAGAAGAAGUCGUUGGAGGAUGCCAUUACAGAGCUUGGCUCUGUGGAAGAGCGCGCUCGCGCCGAACAGGAAGAUGUCAAGGGCGAAAUCCGCAAGCACGUUCAAGCUGCCAAGGCCGCCCAGCUCAAGCUCGACGACAUGACCAAGCAAGUCGAGACGCUUACCGCCGACCUCGCCGAGGCACGCGAACAGCUCAAGAAGGCUCGACAGGAUGCAAGCUCGCUCCGCAGCUCCAAGGACCUCGCCGAGGCCGAAUGGGGUCGCGAAAAGGCCAGCUGGGACGCCGUGCGCCAAGCACUUGAGCGUGAGAAGGCCGAUUUGCAACGCAAGAUCGACGACCUCACAACCCAGAACCAGAUCCUUCACACUCACUUGGAGACCAUCAACGCGCAAGCAAACCAGAUGCGUGAAGCGGCUGCCGCGCCACUUCCCUCUGUAGAUGUCGACAUGGAUCUUGAGCAGGCAAGCAGUGCUGUGCCGACGACGAGCGAGUCGACUGCCGACCCGAACGCCGAUGAGGCCGUACCAGCAGGUGCAGCAGAAUCUCGCGAGGCUGCGGCGGAAGGAGCAUCAGAAAUUCCCGCUGAAGCAGCCGCAACCACGGAUGCGCCUUCGUCGGAGCCAGCCCAAGCAGCGGAAGUCAAGAAGGAAGACACGAGCAUCUCCGGGACCGAGCUCGCACAUUCUCUGAUGAAGCGUCGCGUCGACGAGCUGCACGAGGUUGUCAAAUUCCUGCGCCGCGAGAAGGAAAUCGUCGACUUGCAGAUGGAGAUCAACAAGCAAGAAACGUCUCGACUCAAGCAGACCCUCGAGCACGUCAACAAGACGCUCGGCGAAACGCGAUCCGAGCUCGACAGCGAGAGGACGAAGAACGUGUCUUCAGCCAGCACCGCCACACAGCAUGCCGAGCUGCUGGAGAAAAUCAACCAGCUGAACGAACUGCGCGAGAACCACAACACGUUGCAAGAGACAGCCAGCCGUGCCGAUGCGCGCAUCGCUCAGCUCGAGUCCGAGCUGCGCACCGCCAAUGCCGAACUGGAGCCCGUGCAGGAGCAGCUGCGUAACGCUCAGAUCGAACUCGAAGCUUCGCAGGCGGAGCUCAAUGUCAUGCGAGAGGACAGCAAGCGCUGGCAGUCUCGAGCCCAGUCGCUCCUUCAGACUCACGGCAUGAACGAAGAGAUGCAAAAGGUCGAGCAGCAACGUGCCGAAGCGCAGCAGAAGGUGGAAGAGACCGAGGCAAAGUUGAAGGAGAGCGAAGCCGCGACGGCCACGGCGAAACAGAACUUCGAGAAGCUUCGCGAGCAGGUACGAACGAGGAUCGCUACCGAGCGCAAAGCUGUAGCUGAGGUUCAGGAGAAGUUGGCAGCUCUGCAGAAGGAGAAGGAGGAGGACGCAGCCAAAUACCAGGAGGCGAUUGCCGUGCACGAGGCCAACAUUGCCCAACUCGUCAUCGAGAGGGAUGCUUUGAAGCAGCAGCUGGUAGAGGCACAGGCCGCUGCCGCCACAGCUGCCGAGGGCACUGGUGGAUCCGCAGCUCCUGUCGCUGGUGAAGAAAACUCCAGCGUCCCUGCUGCGGCUGCUUCGGAGACGCGAGAAGCGAUCUCGUCGGUCGACCAGCAGGCUGCCGUCGAAGCAGCCUUCGCCGAGGCUCAAAAGCAAUUUGACGAAAUCAAAGCCAAGCUCGAAGCCGAAAAGGAACAGAUCAUCCUGGCUCGCGACAAACAUCUUCAGAAGGGCAAGCAAUUCCUGCGCGAAAAGCGCGAGGCUGAAGCCGAGGUACAAGCCCGGGACGCAACCAUCGCUCAGCUCAAGAGUGACUUUGCCGAGAACAACGCAGAGGCGAUCGAGAAGGCUGUUCAGGAGCGUCUUGCAGCUGGUGGCAACGGUGUGUCGGGUGUAGGUGCUGCUUACAGCGAGUCAGAAGUGGCUGCUUUGCGGUUGCGUAUUGCGGAGCUCGAGGAGAAGCUGGCCGCUGCCGAGGAGAGGAUCCGCGAACUCGAAGCUCAACUCGCUUCCGCCCAAAGCGGAGUUCCAACGGACGUUACCGAAUUGAAAGCGGCUCACGCGCAAGAGCUACAAGAACUGAAAGCGUCGCUCGAAGCAAAAUACGCACAGGCACCACCUGCCUCUACCGCAGCAGACGGUGACGUUGAAUCGCAAGUCCAGCUUCGACUCAAAGCGUUGGAAGACGAGCGCGAAGCAGCUGUUCAAGAGGCUAUCGCAGCAGCCGUUUCUGCACGCGAAGCGGAGCUCAAAGCGCAGUACGACGAGAGUGCAAAAGCGCGUUUCGAAGCGGGCAAGAACGAGGCGAAUCUGAGGAACACGUUGAUGAUCAAGCAGAAGGACAACAAGAUCAACAAGUUGACGGCCGAGAUCGCUGCUUUGAAGGGCGAGGAAGUGCCGGCAGCUGCGCAGGCGGCGGGUGGUGGUGCUCCGACGGGACCAGCUGGUGGUGCUGCGGGAGGAGGCGCGUCGAGGCCAGGGGUGUUCGGUCGAGGCGCAGCGCAAGCCGGACGCGCCACCGCACGACCCGUUGUAGCAAGACCCAUCCCCACCGGUCCUGCCAGCGCCACAUCCGCAGCUGGCGCACCAACUCCCACCCCAACAACCGUAGCCUCCAUCCGUGGAGCUGCCGCAGCAGGCCGCGGCGGUGGAACACGCAUCGCCCACGCCGCUGCAAGAGGCGGUCGUGGCGGUGCCGCUACCGCAGGCGCCAAGCGCAAGCUAUCCGCCCAAGGUUUGAACGCAGCUGCACCCAACGCCGAGGCCGGACAGGGAGGCGCAAAGAAGCCCAGAGCUGCUGGGGCGCCCAUCGCUAUCAAGAAGCCUGGACAGGGUGGGCAGGGAGGUCAGGGUCAGUGA